AUGAAGAAGUUCAAGUUUGGGAGAAAGAACAGUACAGCUACCUCAGCAACUUCAUCCAACAAGAACUCACCCAAGAAGGAGAAGAUCAAAAGCAGUCGCACUUCGAAAUCAUCAGCAUCCUUCCAAGCGCCAAAUUCUCCUCCACACUCACCACCACUGCAAGAUAAAGAUUACUUGCAUUCACAUACUUUUGGUCAAGAAGAUUUACACAGCAGUAGUAACAAUAACAACAACAUGCCGGUAGCUCAAGAUCAUCACAGUUAUACCCUGGAACCAUUUGGAAUCACUACUGAUCCAUCAACAGUUCCUUACAAGUCGCGCGCUCCACCCCAUUUGAAUGUCAGUAAUCCCUGGAAUAGAUUCAAGAUUUUUGAUUCUCCUUUUCCCAGGUACAGGCAUGCGGCAUCUGCCAUUUCUAGUGACAAGAAUGAGAUCUUCAUCAUGGGUGGAUUGAAAGAUGGUUCAGUUUUCGGCGAUACUUGGAGAAUCAUUCCUCAUGAAGGCCACGAUGGCGACGUAUUGAAUUACUCAGCUGAGAAUAUUGAAAUCACCAAUAAUAAUAAUCCACCAGCUAGAGUUGGCCAUUCGUCAGUCUUGUGUGGUAAUGCAUUCAUCAUUUAUGGUGGAGACACUGUUGAAACUGAUGAAUAUGGUUUCCCAGAUAACAAUUUCUACUUGUUCAAUAUCAAUAAUCACAAGUAUACCAUUCCAAGCCACAUUUUGAACAAGCCAAAUGGUAGAUACGGACAUACCAUUGGAGUUGUUGCCGUUGAUCACUCAUCGUCAUCGAGACUUUACCUUUUUGGUGGUCAAUUGGAAAACGAUGUUUUCAAUGAUAUGUAUUAUUUUGAGUUGAAUUCAUUCAAAUCACCAAAGGCAACUUGGAAAAUUGUUGAACCUUUAAACAAUUUCAAGCCACCACCAUUGACUAAUCACUCAAUGUCGAUUUACAAGGAGAAAAUUUACGUUUUCGGUGGUGUAUACAAUAACGAAAGAGUGUCGAAUGAUUUAUGGGAAUUUGACGUUGAACACGAGCAAUGGAAACAGAUUCAAACUAGUGGUACUCUACCAUUACCAGUGAAUGAGCAUUCAGCUUGUGUUGUCGAUGACAGAUUGUACAUUUACGGUGGUAACGAUUUCAGUGGAGUUAUUUAUAGCAGUCUUUAUGUGUUGGACUUGAAGACUUUUACAUGGUACAAGUUGUUGGAGACUGCUGAAGAAAAUGGGCCUGGGCCUAGGUGUGGUCAUUCAAUGACUUAUUUACCCAAAUAUAACAAGUUGAUUAUAAUGGGUGGUGACAAGAAUGAUUAUAUUGUUGCUGAUGCAACCAAUUUCGAUACUUAUGAAACUUUCAAUGGUGCAGAAGUCGGAACCAUGAUCUAUGAAUUGGAUAUCAAUAUCGUUGAUCAAUUUAUGUCUGAACCUAUUGAGCCUCGUUCAUCUAGGAAACCACGGAAAGUGGCUGCUUCAGCCUCAGCUCAACCGGGUGAUGGGUUUGAACGUCACUCAAGACGUGAAUCUACUGGUCCCGAAGAUUACGCUACUCCUCGUGCUUCACCUCCUCCACCACCCCCACAAGCCUUACAGCCACAAUCUCAAGAUCGUGCACAGUUGGACCGCGGGUUAUCUACAAACACAAUGAAUCGUCAUACUGAUUUCGUUGAUGUUGAAACUCCAUCCGGUACAAACUCACAUAUUGAUCAAGAAGAAGAAGAAGACAAUGUGGUGCCACAUGUCAACCCAUACGCUCGUAUUGACAGAGACACAGACGCCAAUAUUGCCCAAACUAAUGAGCCAAUCAGUGACGAGCAUGUGGUGCAAGACGAACUUCCCGAUGAUGAGGAUGCACAGUAUCUAAGAAGAAGAUCGCUUGAUCCUAAAUUCAACCAUGAGCAUGAAGAUGUCGCCACCAAUGGUGUUUCUGGUGCUGGCGUGGCUGCUGCAUUUGCCGCUGCUGGUGCUGCUGGGAAAGCAGCCGGCCACGCUUCAGUCUUGAAGAGAUCUUUGGGAACUUAUGAUGAUAAAGACGAAGAAGAGCAAGACGCUGACACUAUUGAAGGAGUUGCAAGAAAUAGAAGGUCAAGUCUUGCUGACAAAUCAUAUGGUCUGACUUCAUACUACCCUGAUAUUACCAGCGACCACGAAACUUCAACCUAUCCCCGUGACAGAAGCUAUCUCAAGGACACUGAGGAUGAAGAAGAGGAGGAGCAAGAAGAAGUGGUAGACAAGGAAGACGACGAUGUCAUUAAGCCAAUCUCCAUCAACAGAAACAUUAGCUCUUCCACUACUCGUGGCUCUCGUGGUACUGCCAUUGGUGGUGGUGCUAGUGCUGUCAAUGAUAGAAGAUUGAAUCAAAUAAUUGAAGAGUUGAGAAACGAAUUGGAUCAAGUCAAGUCAUCAACAAGCCAACAAUUGCAAACCGCAAACACCAGAAUCAAUUCCUUACAAGAACAAAAUGCCCAGUUGCAGUCAUCUCACAAGAACGAUAUUGAUGUAUACACACGUCAAAUCAAUGAUAAAGAUGCCAUGAUCAAUGAGUUGAAACUGAGCCUUGAUCCAAGUGCAUGGGACCCUGAAGCACCAUCCACCACGACAAACUUGUCUGAAUUGAGUCGAUACAAGUUGGAAAGGCUAGAGUUGAAUAACAAGUUGGUUUACUUGCAACAGGAGAAUGCUAAAUUGCAUGAUCAAUUUGCCGAGUUUGAACCGUUCAUGAAUCAUCAAAUUGGCGAAUUGGCCAAAUUCCAAAAAGUGAUUAAAGUGCAAGAAGAGCAAAUUGAAAAAUUGAGUUUCCAAGUCAAGGAUCAAGAAGUAUUGCAUAAGGAGAUUAAUGAAUGGAAGACGAAAUUUGAUAAUUUACAAUUGGAAUUUGACAAUUAUAAAGCCAUACAUAACGACGAUGAUAUUGAUCUCGAGGAUCAACAAUAUCAAGGAGGUGACGAAUCAUUCUCAGCUGACGCCGCUGGCAAUGCCGACAACAGAUCUAUCUUAAGCUCAGCCAGAACGAGAAGAGACAUUUCGACCCAAUUGGAAAAUUUGGUCAACUUGUGGAAUGUCAAACAACCGGCAACGCGUGAAGUAUCACCAGCAAUCACGCCGGAAAACAACCCCGUUGUUGCCAAAUUGCAACAACAAGUGGAUGACUUGUUGCGCAUCUCGAAACAGAAUGAUGAAGUUAGCCAUCAAGAAAUUGCCACCUUGCGUCAGGAAUUGACUCAACGUAUUGCCAAUUUGAAAAGCUUGGAGGAAAAUUACCGCGAGUCUUUACAAUCGGUGAAUAACACUUCAAAGGCAUUGAAGUUGAACCAAGAAGAAUUGAAUAAUCAACGCAACUUUAUGGAUAAAUUGAUUAAGGAAAAUAAUGAAUUGAAGAUGUUCAAAUCGGCCCAUUUGAAAAAGAGUAAUGGAUCAUCGACAUCGACUCCUGUUGUUGGAGACGACGCGUUUAGUGAUGCUCGUGAUACUGUUAAUGUCGGCGGCCAUGUGGAUGACGAUGACGAAGGAGUCAUUAGUAAUGCCCAUUUCAAUAUGAAGAUUAAGGAUCUUGAGGCUGAUUUGUACAUUAUUAAGCAAGAGAGAGACCAGUUGAAGAAUAACGUUACUGCGUUGCAAAAACAAUUGUACUUGGCUCAAAAUAAUUGA